AUGGCAGAAGAACAACCUGCGCGUGAUGCUGCUCUCCUGCAGGAUUCUAGGGGGCCCGACACUCAUGAACCAUGGGGCCCGUUUUGCAGAAAAGAGUUCAAGGCGAUGUGGUCCUUAGGGUGGCCUAUUGCGGUGAGCAUGUUUUGCAGAUUUGCGAUGUUCUCCAUGGACUCCGCAUGCGUCGGACACCUCAACAACAAGCCACUGAUCGACAAGAUGCAGCCCUUGUUGAACUUCCCUUGGUCGAUGUCAAGUACAGAGAUGCCAAACCUUCCGGCAGCUCCGCUUACGCUCGUCGAGCUCGAAGACGUUUACGGGCCUGCUGAAGAUGCUACAACGUUGUCAGACCAGAUUUAUACUCCAAAGGAGUACCUGGCAGCCUCCAGCCUUUCAGACAUGAUAACAAACUUUCUGACGACGCCGCUGUUGGCAAUGGCUUUCGGACUGAACCCGCUGAUUGCGCAGUCAGUGGGGUCAGGCAACUUGAAGAUGGUUGGGACUUGGUUGAAGUUGAGCAUGUUUUGCGUAACGUUGGGAACAAUUCCUUUCAUCACCGGCUUCUUCUUCGUCGAUGAGAUUCUCUCAUCUUUGCGAUUUGAUCCCGACGUUUGCCAUUUAGCUGGAAUCUAUGCCAGAUACAACAGCAUUUGGGUGUUGCCAAACUCCUGGUAUGUCACGAUGCGCAUGUACUUCCAGGCGCAGGGCAAGCCGCGGCCUGCGAUGUACUUUGGGCUCAUCUUCCUUUUCGUCAACGCGCUUUUCUUGUAUGUCUUAGUUUUUGGCGGUCCAGACAACGGCAGUUGGUGGCAUGUUGGCGGCCUCGGCUUUAUCGGGGCAGCUUUGUCUAUCAGCUGUUCACGGAUCGUGCAGAGCUUCUUCUACUGGCUCUACAUGUUUGUAAUUACGAAGGCGCAUGCGCCGACGUGGCCCGGAAUGGGAUGCGAUUUUCUGCAGCGCAAGUAUGUAAAGCCAUACUUUGCACAAGUUCUGCCUCAGGUUGGCACCAUGCUCCUUCAAUUUUUGAUCUCCCAAUCCACCACGCUUUUGGUGGGUAAGCUGGGUGUCUUGCAAGUGGCUUCAAGCACUGCAGCCUCGCAAGCGACGGUGCCAAUCACCGUUUGUUUGCUGAUUACGUUCUCAUCCAUGACGGCCAUCCGUGUGGGGAUGAAACUGGGCAAAGGGGCAGCCCGGGAAGCUGCGCAGACAGCUUGGCUUUGCCUCGGGACGCAGGCUUCGCUGACUGCCCUCUUCGGCGCAGUGGCUAUUCCUUUGCGGAAGGAGUUCAUGUCUCUCAUGACGAAUGACCCUCAGGUGAGGCAGUUGGCCUCAGAGCUUCUUGUUCCCAUCACUCUGAAUUUCCUCUUUGCUGGGGCAGUUAGCACGGUGAACGGUGGAAUUCUCGCAAGUCAGGGACGAACGUACUUGAGCGCCGUCAUGGUCAUGUUGUUUGAGCUGCCGCUCUCUCUCGGAAGUAUCGCAGUUUUAGUGCUAGCAUUUCACGUUGAUGUGCAUGUCGUGUACUGGGUACAAGCUGGCAUAACCUUCCUGGAAGCAAUCAUUGUGCUGAUACUCAUCUCCCGCAGCGACUGGGACAAAUAUGCCGAGGAUGCUCGAGCUAGGAAUCAGAUGUCGCGACAAGCAUCAGGGCAGGAAGACCGCACAGAGGCAGGAUCCUGA